UUUGCAUUUGUACCUGAAGAAAGUUAAACUUUGUAGACUUUAUAGCUACUUUAUACGGAAACUUAGUUUACCUACUGCAGUAAGUUAGGUAGUUUUCGUUUAUAAGCACUAGGGACCAGGUACGUAGAUUCUUCAAAGGUACAUAAGACAAACUGGAAACGACAUUUACCUACACUGUAUCCUAAAGGACGUAUCUCUGACGUAUAGAGGACAUCUCGUCACAUCACUUGCACCAAUUUAUAACACUAGGUACGUAAUGCACUGAUUGGGUGGUGUACCUAACUAAUAAAGAAAAUAUUAAGGGAAGUUAGGAUAGGUAGGUACUCGCAUAUCUAAACGGGACCUAUGAUUACACCUAGUAACGAGUGUUUUCAAGGAGACUGAGAUGCACGUGUGAUGUAGCUUGAGUGCAGCGCGAUGAGGGCACGAGUGGGGGCUGGAUCUCUGCAAUAGGUUUUUGGUGUGGAGAGAAAGUACGGUUGGUGGUGGCGAAGACCCCUGCACGGCGGCACUCGGUGGACUCCGCGCGGCCGCGGCCGACACUCGGCCGGCGUUUCAUGGGCAGUCCGUUUGCGAAAUAAUGCCAUUGAAUCGCUGACGCCGAAUUUGCCAGUGAACGCGCUGAGCGCGGAGAUGCCGCGCAAAUAAAUAGUGGUGCAGACCAAUAAUAACGACGAGCUCUCGACCCAGGAUACCCAUUACAAUGUGCCAAUGGAGUAUUGUGACUAUAACUUACGUGGUUCUUGUAUUGAAUUCGUACGAUGCCAGAGAGAUAAGUUCACCGGAUGCUGCUGCCCUAGACAACCAUGUGUCAUCAGGUAACAGAACAUCACGGUUCUUGUUCGAUGCCAUAUUUGGAUUAGAGGUGCCCAUCUUGGAGGAACAAAGCGUCGAGGACGAUGAGGAGGACAACCAGAUCAAGAACUGUUCGUGUGAGUGUGGCGGGUCGAACCAGGAGAAUCGCAUCGUCGGCGGGAUGCCGGCCGGCGCCAACCGCUACCCGUGGAUGGCGAGGAUCGUCUAUGAUGGCCAGUUCCAUUGUGGAGCCUCGCUCCUGACCAAGGAGUAUGUGCUUACAGCUGCGCAUUGUGUCAGGAAAUUAAAGCGGUCCAAAAUCCGCGUUAUCCUGGGCGACCACGACCAAACCAUCACCACAGAGAGUGCGGCCAUCAUGCGUGCCGUCACGGCAAUCGUACGUCAUCGCAGCUUCGAUCCAGAUUCAUACAACAACGACAUCGCUCUCCUCAAGCUGCGCAAACCUGUCAACUUUUCUAGAAUCAUCAAACCUGUUUGUUUACCGCCUUCUGGUAUAGACCCAUCUGGCAAAGAGGGGGUCGUAGUUGGCUGGGGUCGGACAUCUGAGGGAGGGCAGCUGCCUGCUAUAGUGCAGGAAGUGAGAGUGCCCAUUCUAUCACUCAACCAGUGCCGAGGAAUGAAGUACAGAGCUUCGAGAAUUACUAGUAACAUGUUAUGCGCUGGUCGAGCAUCUACUGAUUCUUGUCAAGGAGACAGUGGUGGUCCUCUUCUGUUGCAACAGGGUGAUAAAUACCAAAUCGUUGGUAUUGUGUCUUGGGGUGUGGGUUGCGGAAGACCAGGCUACCCAGGUGUCUACACAAGGAUCACAAGAUACCUCCCAUGGCUUAGAGCUAAUUUAAGAGACACGUGUCUAUGUGGCAACUAAUUCAGGGUGAUAUUAUUUCGAAACAAGUUCAUACCCACUUCUGAGUGACGUCCAUAUAAAUUACUUUGUAAAUAAAUGCAGAUAAACGUAGAUUUAUUUUUUAAUUUAUUGAGUGGGUAGUGGGUACUUAGAGGUGGUGUCUAUUGUAAGAAGUAAUCAAGAAUAGAUGCAUAAUAAUGACGAUCUUGUAGAUAAGUAGCGUACGUUAGAAUAUUACGCUAUAGUAGAUGAUAUAAGAUAGGAGGUAUACUUUUGUACAUUGAACGGAAAAAGCUACGAACAAAGAAUUCGGAAUCUUACUCAUAAAUUCGUAGGUAAUGGAAACUGUAGCGUAAGUCGUAAUAAUAAUAAUUAGAUUAAUUUUCUAGGAUAAAAGAUCGGAUACAUAAUGAUUUAAGUGCCAAUUUAAAAAUAUGUUCAAAUGUAACGAUUACCAAACAUUUCACUUAUGUAUCAAGUAGUUGUAACUAGAGCCAAAAUCUGAAACAAUACUCGUAGUUUAGAUUUGCAACGUAGUGAUGGCACUACCGUAGUCGUUGAAGAAAGUUUAAGAAACUGGUGAUAAUUCUGGUUCAUUGAAAACUCCUUGGAACACCUUUUAUGAAGAAAAGUCAUCAUCAUCAUCAUGAGCCAUAUGUCGUUCAUAAAGACUCCAGAUCGAAUGGUUAGAUACCACUUGCAUCCUUUAAAAAAUCGUCUAACAUUAAUGUUUCACUUUCAUAGUCCUUUUUAAAGAACAAGAUAAUUUAGCAGUCAUCAUUAUUCUUUAUUAAGUAUGUAAUACGUCAGAAUUAACGCCAGUUUACAUUUUAUUUAUUCAUUUUCAUUAUAUUGAUCAAAGUAAAUGAAGUAGGUAGAGUACGAAAUAAAAUAGAUUUUUUUCAAUUAAUUUUCAUGCCUGUAAAACAUUACGUAAUUUGUCGAUGGCAAUAACUUUAAUAGUUGAUAUAUGUAGGCCAGUUAAAGCUAAUUCUUAAUUAUAAUUCAGUGUUAUUGGCACAUAUUAUGUAUUAUAUAAAAAAUAAUUUAGCCCCCUUACGCACUAGCGGUCAACUGCGCGGUCAACCGCGCGGCUAGGCGCUCCCUGCGGUUGUCCGCUUUUCCAAUUUAAUAUGCAAUCGCUAUGGUAACCGCGUCUGUUGAUACGAACCGCCUAGGCGGUCAACCGCUAGUGCGUAAGGCGACUCAGUGUUCUUUGUUGCUUAUAACUAUUUUAUAAUUUGUAUCUUUACGUAUUUUUUGUGCUACUCUAACGAGUCUAAUGUCUUAAUAUUAGUUUCUUUUUUAAAUUACUAACUAACAUUAGUAAGUAGAAAGGUAUUUCAAAGCAUUGCGUCACACGUGGUGAUUUUGAAAUACUAUCUAAAGUGACAAAGUCAUGACAAUUAAGUUUUGUGUUUAAUUACUUUAUGUACUUGUUUAUCUAAUUGUAAGUUAAAUUACUUCGGACAGGCCGGUGGUGCAGAUUACCAUUAGAAUUUAAGAUGUUUUACUUGAUGCCUAAUAAGUGUUCAUUACGCUAUUUUGUACAUAAUAGUAAAUUAUUUGUUAUUCUUUCUAGUAUUAAGUAUUUUCACUGCUGCUUUAUUCGCUGCUAUAUUGAUAUAUUGGCAAAUAGGAGAAUCAAAUUUAAUUCCAUUUUAAAUAAGCUUUAUCUGUAUGAUAAAUGCAGGUAUCUUAAAUCAUAGUACCCGGCAUCUACUAAAAUAUACUUCGAGGAAAAGUCAUUAUUUACAAAUAAUUUUCUACAGUUUUCGUCGUAACUUCACUUUGUUGAGUUUAUGACAAUUUCUCUCGUUUUCUGUGAAAAUUAGAAUGCAUACUGGCCGAAAUACUCAAAUAGCACUCAAUCUAAAAACGUGCUUAACAUAGUUUCUAACACUUUCAAAUGGCCAUGCAGCAUGAUAUCAUCAUUCUAAAUUGAGUGACGUUUCAGUGUUCGGAUUUGCACCAACUAAGAUUUUUUUUAUCAAAUUUUUCUUUUUUUGCACUUAUCAAUAAUUUAGCUUUGGACUUUCGCAUGUGCUUUUUAUACCCAAAUGAAUGUCGAAUCGUGACUUCGUGAUUCAAAUUUGAAUGCGCAGUGAAAGGAUAAAAUUGAUGGAGACGCAUGUUUUUCUUAAAAAAAAAUACUUAGGUAGGUAUGUAUCGACAGUGUUACCUGUUACCUCUUACAUUCCCUUCUGGCGAGGUGCCAAUUAUCAGCUAAGGUUUUGGAAUGGUUUUGCGAACAAAUUGUUUAAAAGCUUUCCUUCUUUUGCUCACAAAUGAUCUUUUUUGUCAAUAAUAUAUCAAUUGUAUCAUUUUUAUCGGUUUGCUUUAAAUUUCCGAGGCGUAUACUGUAAAUUAUCAUGCUGUUGUCAAUCAGAAACAAGUAAGUUAUUAACUUCAAUAUAAAAAAAACAAACAAAGGGCUGACAUGUCCCUGAACGAUAGUCCCUAAAACCAUAGAUAAUAAAAAAAAAUAAACAAACAUCACGUCAUUUGGGUGUAAGAGGGAACAUGUCCUAGAAUUAAGUUAGCUCUUAAGUAUCGAUGCUCUUUAGGCUACAACUGUGAUCCCUAUCACGAUAAAAUUGUUAUCAUAAUAACCGUAGUUAUUUAUUA